GUAACCGAUUGCAAUUUCUCCGGUGUUGUGUGCACAUGCGUGUAAGGUAAACGUUAACAAGUUGGAAGCAGGCGACACUUACCAUAAGACUUUCAUGCUAUAGGUCUUCUUAACCCUUUUGGUACUGACCCUCCUAAAACUGCCCUGAUUCUGUGAUGCAAAAUUCAUAUCUAAAAACUUCCAAGAAAAUUUCAUGUUAAUUUAUGCUCCACACACCAGCUUCAUAAUGACAAAAUGGCUUCCGUUGCCUGUGAUACUCUUCCACGCCUGAGUAGUGCAUUGCGAGCCUUCUCCAAUGUAUCAGCUGAAGUAUCUACAUAUGAUAAAAGAAACAGAGAAUUAUUCAGCAAAAGGCUCCGAAGGGCCAAAGAACAGAAUGAAGAAGAAAGUUGGUCCAAGCUGGUUACUAUUAUAAAGAAAAAUGCCAUUGUUGACCAGGCAGAAUUGCAAGUAUCUUUAAAAGAACUGAAAGACAGAGCAAAAGAUAUUGUUGGUCAUGAUUCAAACAUGGAAACAAUAGAAAGUGCUGCUUUUUUUCUUUUCCAAACAUUCCAAAAUGUUCAAAUGGUUGGACAUAGUGAAAGUGUAAAGUUGCGUAGCAUAUUUGGUCCUUUUCCAGCCACCGUAGCAUCUUCAGCUUGUCAAAUAGUUUCCAGAAUUACAUCAUGGCUUCCUGAAUACUCUGCUGAUUUGUUUGCAUAUUCUAAUUCUUGUGAAAAAAAUUCUGAAAAACAGAAUGAAGAAUUUGGAAACAAUGUGAAAUUUUCUGUUGAGCCUUUGAUUUCAGUGGAAAUGAAUUAUUCAAGCUCAGAAUCUGAGGAUGAAGUUGAUUCUAGUCUGUUGUCAUUGAAAUACCAAUGUAACAAAGAUCAAACUGCUUUAAGGACACCAGAUGGUAAAGCAGAUUCAAAACAAGACAAUUUCAAUACUUCAGCGUUAAUAUCUGAAGUGAAAAAGCAUUUUAACAAUGAAAGCUACGUUCUUGGAAUGACAAUUGAAAAUCUUUGUUCUAACCUCUUUGACUUUCUAUCAUCUUCCAAAUCUGAUGAUGCUCUACAGAAUGAUCUCUUCGAAUUCCUUGGCUUUGAUCAAUUUGAGUUAAUAGAAAAUCUUCUGAAGAAUCGCAACAAAUACCUCGAUGAUGCAAUUUUAGUGAACAAGGGACACAAGGCUCUUUCAGUUGCUAGGAAAAGAAAUGUAGAUGGUCCUUCUCGACCCAUCUAUGGAUGCCAAGUUACAGUACAGACUGAAGAAGAAAAACAACUGAUGAAAAUGAUUCGAAGAGAAGAGAAAAAAAGUGCUCGAAAAGAAUGCAUUGGAAACGAAAAUAACAGUACAAGCUUUGAUCCUUCAGAAAUGAGAGCUCAAAGAGAAGCAGCUCUAUUAUAUGCUCAGAGUAAUCAAAUAUUAACCAAACGAUCUGCAACAGUUGGUCAAACCAAAGAAAGCCUUCCAUUUGUGUUUGAUUCUUUAGCAGAAGCAAGAAAAUCAUCGGCUUUUGUUGGGAGUUGUAAAAUGUCUCUACCUAUUGGAUUUGAACGCAUUGAUAGAAAGAUGUUUGAAGAAGUUCAUAUUCCUGCAUCAGAAAAGGCUCCUCUUCACAUUGGUAAAAAACUUGUCAGCAUUGAUGAUUUAGAUGAGGUUGGAUCAAUGGCCUUUAAAGGUAUGAAGACACUAAAUCGAAUACAAUCAAUUGUUUAUGAGACUGCAUACAAGACAAAUGAAAAUCUUUUAAUCUGUGCUCCCACUGGAGCUGGAAAGACAAACAUCGCUAUGCUUACUGUUAUUAGAGUGUUGAAACAAAACAUUGUACAAAAUGUAAUCCGAAAAGACCAAUUUAAGAUUAUUUAUGUUGCACCUAUGAAAGCACUUGCUGCUGAAAUGGUGAGGAACUUUGGUAAACGACUAGAACCACUUGGAAUAACUGUCCGUGAAUUGACUGGAGAUAUGCAAUUGACCAAACAAGAAAUUGUCAAUACUCAGAUGUUAGUCACUACUCCUGAAAAAUGGGAUGUGGUUACACGUAAAGGAACAGGAGAUGUGUCUUUAUCUCAGUUAGUAAAACUGCUUAUUAUAGAUGAGGUCCAUUUGUUGCAUGAUGACAGAGGUGCUGUCAUUGAAAGCUUAGUUGCCAGAACUCUGCGGCAGGUGGAGGCUACACAGAGUAUGAUAAGAAUUGUUGGUCUAUCUGCAACAUUACCAAAUUAUUUAGAUGUUGGACGAUUUCUCAGAGUUAACCCUGCACUUGGAUUAUUUUUCUUUGAUGGUAGAUUCCGGCCAGUCCCACUGGAACAGUCUUUCAUAGGAAUCAAGUCAAUAAACAAAAUGCAGCAGUUACAAGAUUUUAACACUGUUUGUUAUGAGAAAGUUCUUGAUCAAGUAAAGAAAGGAUACCAGGUGAUGGUAUUUGUCCAUGCUCGCAAUGAAACCUUACGAACAGCAAAGGUUCUGAGAGAACUAGCUCUGAAUAGUGAUAAUAUUCAUUUGUUUGCACCUCAAGGAAGGAGAAGUGGUCUUCCUGGCCACAAUCCCCAAAAUCGACAUCUUCAAGAAUUGUUCCCUGAUGGAUUUGGUAUACAUCAUGCUGGAAUGCUUCGUCAGGAUCGUAAUUUGGUUGAAAAGUAUUUUUCUGAAGGUUCCAUAAAAGUCUUAGUGUGUACAGCAACUUUGGCCUGGGGUGUGAAUUUACCUGCUCAUGCUGUCAUCAUCAAGGGAACUCAAAUCUAUGAUGCCAAGAAAGGUUCUUUUAUUGACAUUGGCAUACUUGAUGUUUUGCAAAUAUUUGGACGUGCUGGACGACCCCAGUUUGAUACUUUUGGUCAUGGAACUAUCAUAACUACUCAUGACAAACUUGCUCAUUACCUGUCUCUUAUGACACGACAAAAUCCUAUAGAAAGUCAGUUUAUUACAAGCCUAACUGAUAAUUUGAACGCUGAGAUUGCUCUUGGUACAGUUUCUAAUGUAGAAGAUGCAGUGAAGUGGCUCAGCUACACUUAUUUAUUUGUGAGAAUGCGAUGUAAUCCAAUGGUUUAUGGGAUACCUUAUAACAAAUUGGAGGAGGAUCCCAAUCUGUAUUUGUACAGGAAAAAACUUGUUUACGAUGCUGCUCGUAAUCUGGAUAAGACACAAAUGAUUCGUUUCAGUGAAGUAACAGAGAACUUUUCUUCAACAGAUCUUGGAAGAAUUGCAAGUCAUUUCUAUAUUAAAUAUGCUACAGUUGAGACUGUAAAUGAAUUUUUCCUUCCACAAAUGUCUGAGAAUCAAGUGCUCAAUAUAGUAUCAAAGGCCCAAGAAUUUGAACCAAUUAAGGUUCGCAAAGAAGAAUUGGAAGAACUUGAAAGGCUUCACAUUGAAGACUGUGUAAUGCCUGUUGCAUUAGGAUUGGAAAAUGCUCCUGGCAAAGUUAAUAUCCUUAUUCAAUCAUAUGUAUCACGUGUGAGCCUUGAAAAUUUCUCAUUGGUUUCUGAUCAAGCAUUUGUGGCUCAGAAUGCUGCCCGCAUUGUUCGUGCACUUUUCCAAAUUGCUUUGCGCAAAGGGUGGCCCAUUAUGGCUAAUCGUUUACUAAAUCUUUGUAAAACAAUUGAUAAACGCCAGUGGCAAUUUGAGAAUCCUCUGAGGCAGUUUCAAAAUAAUUUGCCAUAUGAAGUUCUUAACAAGAUUGAGAAAGCAAACUUAAAUCUUGACAAAAUGAGAGAAAUGACUUCAAAAGAAAUUGGUCUCAUGAUACAUCACCAGAAAAUGGGAAGUAAUGUGAAAAGAUGUGUCCAUCAGAUACCAUAUCUUGAUUUGGAUGCUACAAUACAACCAAUUACACGCACUGUACUUCGAGUCAGAUUAAAUAUUAAACCAGAAUUUCACUGGGAUGAUAAGAUACAUGGAAAAACUGGUGAGCCUUUCUGGGUUUGGGUAGAAGACCCAGAUAAUAACUUUAUUUACCAUUCUGAAAGUUUUCUUUUACACAAGAAGAGUGUUGUUGCUAUGGAGCCACAAUCAAUGGUUUUUACUAUUCCAAUAUUUGAACCAUUACCAAAUCAGUACUACAUUCACAUUUGUUCAGAUCGUUGGAUUGGCUCUGAGAAUGUUUUGCCAAUAUCUUUUCAACAUUUGAUCCUUCCUGAAAGGCAUCCUCCUCACACAAAGCUUUUGGAUUUGAAUCCAUUACCAAAGACUGCUUUGAAAAACAAAGAAUAUGAAGACUUAUAUAAAUUUAGUCACUUCAAUCCAGUGCAGACACAAAUUUUUCACACACUUUACCACACUGACUCCAACAUUCUUUUAGGAGCACCAACAGGUUCUGGCAAAACAGUUGCUGCAGAAAUUGCAAUCUUUAGAGUGUUCCAGGUUUACAAGAAGGCUAAGGCUGUUUACAUUGCACCACUAAAAGCUUUAGUCAGAGAAAGAAUAACUGAUUGGAAAGUGAGAAUUGAACAGAAACUGGGUAAAAAAGUGGUUGAAUUAACUGGAGAUUUUACUCCUGAUAUGAAAUCAAUUGCUAAUGCUGACCUUAUUGUGACAACACCUGAGAAAUGGGAUGGUGUUAGUCGAAGCUGGCAAACAAGAACUUAUGUCAAAGAUGUAGCUUUGUUGGUUAUUGAUGAAAUUCAUCUUCUUGGUGAUGACCGUGGCCCAGUUUUGGAGGUUAUUGUGUCUCGAACCAACUUCAUAUCAUCUCACACAGAAAGAAAUGUUCGAAUUGUUGGUUUGUCUACAGCAUUAGCCAAUGCUAGAGAUCUUGCUGAUUGGCUUGGAAUCAAACAAAUGGGCUUAUUUAAUUUUAGACCAUCUGUACGUCCAGUUCCUCUAGAGGUACAUGUUUCUGGAUUCCCAGGGCAACAUUAUUGUCCACGAAUGGCUUCUAUGAACAAACCAGUCUUCAAUGCAAUCAAAACUCAUUCAUCAACCCGUCCCGUUUUGAUAUUUGUGUCAUCACGAAGGCAAACCCGUUUGACUGCUCUAGAUUUAAUUGGAUUUCUGGCAAAUGAAGACAAUCCAAAACAGUGGCUGCAGAUGCCUGAUGAAGAGAUGGAUAAUAUCUUGCUUGGUGUCCAUGAUGUCAACUUGAAACUAACUCUGGCAUUCGGUUGUGGUCUUCAUCAUGCUGGCUUACAAGAGAAAGAUCGAAAAAUUGUUGAAGAAUUAUUUGUCAAUCAAAAAAUUCAAGUCCUCAUUGCUACCAGCACACUGGCUUGGGGCGUCAAUUUCCCAGCUCAUUUAGUUAUCAUUAAAGGAACAGAAUACUAUGAUGGUAAAACCAGGCGUUAUGUGGAUUUUCCAAUUACAGAUGUUCUACAGAUGAUGGGCCGUGCUGGAAGACCUCAAUUCGAUGCUCAAGGUACUGCUGUGAUAUUGGUUCAUGACAUAAAGAAACAUUUUUACAAAAGGUUUUUGUAUGAACCCUUUCCUGUUGAAUCAAAUCUGUUGUCUGUCCUAGCAGAUCACAUGAAUGCUGAAAUUGUCUCAGGAACUGUCAAUUCAAAACAAGAUGCUAUGGAUUACAUCACUUGGACAUAUUUUUUCCGUCGACUUGUAAUGAAUCCCAGCUACUAUGAAUUGGAUGACACAGAUUACAGCUCUAUCAAUAAAUACUUGUCUGAAUUAGUGGAGAAAUGUGUUUACGAUUUGAGCCAGUCAUACUGCAUUGGAAUUGAUGAGAAUAAUUCCAGAAUCCAGCCAACUACCCUUGGGAGAAUAGCAUCUUAUUAUUACUUGAGCCAUAAAACUCUCAGGAUGUUCCAUGAAGAACUCAGUGAAGUUUGUGGAAUACCCGAACUUAUCAAAAUCUUGUCUAAUUCACAUGAAUAUGCUGAAUUACCUGUUCGUCACAAUGAAGAUCAGCAAAACAGUGAACUUGCUCAACAGUUACCAUUGGAAGUAAGUCCUCAUACAAUGGACUCAUCACAUACAAAGACAAACCUACUCCUUCAGGCUCAUUUCUCCUCUCUGACACUACCCUCCUCUGAUUAUUACACUGACACGAAAUCUGUUCUUGACCAAGCAAUUAGAAUUCUUCAGGCUCUUCUUGAUACCAGUGCUGAUCAAGGGUGGCUUGUGACUAGUAUGUGUAUCAUCAACCUACUUCAAAUGGUUCUACAAGGACAUUGGUGUCAUGAGUCAACCUUACUUUGUUUGCCUCAUGUUAUGACUUAUCAUUUGGAGUGUUUCAGGAAACCUAACGGUAAUUUAAUUGAAUGUUUACCGGAAUUAAUGGCAUUGUGUGAUGGCAAGUUCGAAGUGUUGUUUUCAAUGUUGAAAGAGGAAAUGCGUCGAGCCCAUAUUGAACAGGUGUAUCAAGUCCUAACAAAACUACCACAGCUGGAAGUCAAGAUGCAUCUAAAAAAGAAUGUAUCAGAUAAUGGUGCAGAAGACAGUCAGACAGUAGAAAUUGCCAUUACUGCAGGAGGGCACCGUAAUUCAAAACAGUGGAUCAAAGUGAAUGCUGAUCAAGAAUAUACUUUACAAUUGGAGUUAAGCAAAAUUAAUAAAACAAAAAAACCUGACACUAAAGCUUAUGUUCCCAAAUUUCCUAAAGGUAAAGACGAAGGGUGGAUAUUAAUUUUAGGAGAGAUAGAAUCACAGGAACUCAUUGCUUUAAAAAGAGUUGCUUAUGUACGCUAUCAUAGCCGGCCUCAGCUAGCCUUCUUCACUCCGGAAAAACCUGGUCGUUUCAUUUACACAUUCUACCUGAUGAGUGAUUCAUACCUGGGACUAGAUCAGCAAUAUGAUAUCUUCUUGGAAGUAUUGCCUUCAUAAUGUAUAUAUGGUUUAAGAAAAAAUGAAAAUGAAUAAUCAGAAACUUUGUUAUUAAAAGACUUUGCUGAAUAAA